GCUGUUAUUAACAGCAAAGCGCUUCUGCUAACCCGUAUUUUAUUACUCUCCUUAUCAAAUGCGAAAACACAGAAAGACACUCACUCACUCUCUCUCUCUAUAUCUCUUAAAAAAUGGAACAGUAGAGCGAGAGACGAAGCAGGAGAUUUAAAGCACUGUAGACAGAGAGAGAGAGAAUAACAAAAGGAGUUCCCUUUCUUUCUCAGCUCCUCUCUAGAGAGAGAGAGAAGAAAAAACAGCACUUCCACCGCCCUUCAUUUUUCUACUCUUUCUCUACACUCUUUCUAAAGUGUAUUCUUUUCGCAUCGUGGAUUUGAAGCCUUAGAGAUUUCGAAACCCUAGCUCGGCGAUCCUGAGAAUCUAAGGCUUUUGUUGCUUUCGGAUGUGAGAGGAAGCUUCAGAUCCGCCAUGGCCGAGAUUUCCGGCGACGGAGUGGAGUUUUCUCCGGCGACGCCGGAGGUGAGUUGCAGCGAGAACGGCCGGCCGGCGAUGGGGCCGCCGCCGUUGACGGUGUCGGGAUCGUUUAAGGAGGGGAAGAGUAGUUCAAGGAGGCGUGCUUCGGUGCGGCCGAGCAUGGACGCGGAUGAGUUCAUCAACCUGCUGCACGGGUCAGAUCCGGUGAAGGUCGAGCUCAAUCGGCUGGAGAAUGAAGUCAGAGAUAAGGAUCGAGAGCUAAGCGAAGCACACGCUGAGAUCAAGGCAUUGAGGUUAUCUGAGCGCUUAAGAGAGAAGGCCGUCGAAGAGCUUACUGAAGAAUUGUCGAAGGUUGAUGAAAAGCUCAAGUUAACGGAAUCUCUACUAGAAAGCAAGAAUCUUGAAAUUAAGAAAAUCAAUGAUGAGAAGAAGGCUUCUAUGGCUGCUCAGUUUGCGGCUGAAGCCACUCUUCGACGAGUUCAUGCUGCUCAAAAGGACGAUGAUAUGCCUCCAAUUGAAGCAAUUCUUGCACCAUUGGAAGCUGAACUUAAGCUUGCUCGGCAGGAGAUUGCAAAACUGCAAGAUGACAAUAAAGCAUUGGAUCGCCUAACAAAAUCAAAGGAGGCAGCUUUGCUUGAAGCUGAGAGGACAGUUCAAGCUGCAUUGGCAAAGGCGUCUAUGGUAGAUGAUCUUCAGAAUAAGAACCAAGAAUUGAUGAAACAGAUAGAAAUUUGCCAGGAAGAGAAUAAAAUUUUGGACAAAAUGCACCGCCAAAAGGUUGCGGAGGUUGAAAAGCUCACCCAGACUGUCCGGGAGCUUGAGGAGGCUGUGCUUGCUGGUGGUGCAGCUGCAAAUGCUGUGAGGGAUUACCAACGAAAAGUUCAAGAGAUGAAUGAGGAAAGGAAGACUCUUGAUAGGGAGCUGGCUCGUGCAAAGGUUACAGCAAAUAGGGUGGCUGUAGUAGUUGCCAAUGAAUGGAAAGAUGCCAAUGACAAAGUGAUGCCUGUGAAACAAUGGCUUGAUGAACGAAGAUUUUUGCAAGCAAAAAUGCAGCAACUCCGAGACAAGCUUGCUAUAGCUGAACGAACUUCAAGAUCUGAAGCUCAGUUGAAAGAAAAAUAUCUACUACGGCUCAAGGUAGUAGAAGAGAAUUUGAGAGGGUCCUCAAACAGCAAUCGCAGUACACCAGAUGGAAGAAGUGCUAGCAAUGGGCCUUCACGCCGUCAGUCUAUUGGUGGAGCUGACAAUGUUUCAAAAUUUAUCUCCAAUGGCUUUUCAUCCAAGCGAACACCUUCUCAAUUGAGAUCAUCUGUGACUUCCAGCACCAGUGCAGUGCUGAAGCAUGCAAAAGGGACGUCAAAAUCAUUUGAUGGUGGAACGAGGUCAUUAGACAGGGGUAAAGUUCUCUUAAAUGGAACCAUUCCAAAUUAUUCACUCAAUCGGUCUUGUGAGGGAGCUAAGGAUCGUGAGGCACAUAAUUCUUGGAAUGGAAAUCCAGAUGAAAAACCCAAUGAAUUUCAAACAGUGGAUACGGAUGAUAGUGUCCCAGGGUUGUUAUAUGAUUUGCUGCAGAAGGAGGUCAUUGCUUUGAGGAAAGCGGGGCAUGAAAAGGAUCAGAGCCUCAAAGACAAGGAUGAUGCCAUUGAGAUGUUAGCAAAGAAGGUAGAUACCUUAACUAAGGCAAUGGAGGUUGAGGCCAAGAAGAUGAGAAGGGAAGUGGCUGUCAUGGAGAAGGAGGUAGCUGCCAUGCGAGUGGAAAAAGAGCAAGAAAAUAGAGCUAAAAGGUUUGGUAAUUCAAAAGCUCCUGUGAAUAGUUCUCAGCUGCUCCCAGGAAGAAAUCUGUCACGGAGUGGGUUAAUGCGUAGCACUCAAUAACAAGAAGCCCCCCCAGUUUCAAAAGCACUGAACAUGUCUGCAGAGGCCUUGUUCUCCCCUCCUUCCUCUCCUCCCCCAAAAUUUUUUUAUCGCCUUUUUGUGAUUGAUUAUAAGAUUGUUACUGGCAUCCUGAUGACCUUGUGUUUGCCGAGUUCAGAAGAAAUGAUAAAAAAUCAAGAUUGGAACCGAACCAAGGAAUUGGUAUGCUUCUGACUUAGCUGUUUCCCAAUGCUUAGACAUCAGCAAAAGAGAUGAUGAAGAUAUGAAGCUGGGCUAACCUUUUGUCAGGUUUCUGUGUGGCAGUGGUGUGUUUUUUGUAUAGGUAGUUUAUUGGAUUUUUACCCCUAUUUCUCCUCAUUUUUCUCCCUUGCAGUUUAUAUUUGUAAUCUGCAGCUAGUGUGAUUGUUGUUGGUUAAGAUUUGUCAAUAUUAUUGUAAUCAGAUCAAUCAGAGCAUUUAUGUUUGUCUUAUUUGUCAA